CGGGGCUUUACGUUAGCUAAUGUAAAAUGUAAAAUGUCUCACCAGGGGACCCUGGAGCCGGCCUCAACUCUCAUAUUACCCAUCAGGUCAAAGCGUAUUUUGACUGCUAGCAGUCCCUUUUCAGUGUGUCAAAUGGAGAAUUGAUGGGACUAUUCGAGAAAGAUACUUCUCCCUCGCGCGUUCUUUGCUCGCUCGCACGUAACAUACUCACCCUCGCGACAAUCUCGAGCGACUGCAAUCCGUCUGAAGCGUGUAACACACAGGCUUCUUGCAAAUUCAUCGUUUUCUUUGCCUGGUCCCUGUGCGGUGUGUUCCCUUCCUCUUGGUCAAUGCCCGACCAAGAGCCUUAAAACGCAUAGGCCGCGAUGAAUAAUAAGGCCUAGCGACGGAGCAACGUUUGUCUCUCAAACCCGGCACUGGCUUGACCUCGCAGGCCUGAAUUUGUCCGUAAUAACUCAAUCGAAUUCUUCAGCGUUCAAUUGAGUUCGAAAAUCGAACGUUAUCGAAUAUUUUUUGUGAGUUCGAUUUCGUUCAAUGGCCGAUCCGCGAACUUCAUCGAACUCUUUCGUUCGAAGGAGUUCGAAUGAGUUCGAAAACCGAACGUUCGACGUAAUAAGCAGGGAUAAAUAUAUUUCUGUACCAUUGUUCAACAACUAAGAAGAAGAACCGAGUUAUUGGUCAAAGGUGGAUUUUUAAUUUAAAGCUCGUAGUUAACAAAAAAGGCAAAAGCUAUUGAAAAUACACUAUCCUAUACCCUACUAGCAGAGGUCUCUUUCUGGUAUGUUUUUAGCGACUGUGUAGGUUUUCGCGUCGAUGACAUUUGUCCAUAGUUUGGCUUGGAAUUACGCGAAUGCGGGCGACGCGAAUGACUUCAUGUAUGCUAAUAACCAUGAGGGGCCCAUUUCUCGAAAGGUCAGUAGCUUUUCCUGCGCGGAAAGCUGUUUCAUGUUUACCGUCCUUGUAUUCAGAUCAAAGUUUCAAAAAUUUUUAAAAUGAUACAAUGAAACUAUCAAUUAACGAAGCAAAAUUGACUAGUUUGGGAGCUAGGAAACUAUGCUACUAUUCAACAGGUUUUGAAAUUAAAUUUUGUGUACCGGACCUUUCGAGAAACGAGUCCCAGGUCGGAAAGAAAUCGCUGCUAGUAGGUCUAGUAGGGUAUAUCCUAUCUCCAUCAGGAGUAACAUCUUUACUCUUUUGCAUUUUUCACAUUGUUUAUUACACCACAAAUAUAGAGUUUUUCUCUCUCCAUACAGGUUAACAAAUGGCCGGUGCUAUUGAUCAAGAACUACAAAUUGAGAACUGAUUAAAGCUGCAUUCAAAGGUGGCCCAAGAGCUAAAAGGUCUUAACGAAGUCACCAAUUUUAGGCUUACUCUUUUUCUUUAAAAAUCAUUUAGAGUGUUAACUUUGCACUCAAUAAAGUGUAGCUUCAAAAUUUUUCUAUUUUUUACUGGUUUAACGGUUGACUUGAGCACGGAAUUGCAAACUUUCUUCUUUUGUCCUCAGAGUUCUUUAGAAUAAUUUAUGUAAAGCCUUCAAAAAAGAUGAAAACUGGAACCAGCUACCUUAAUUUAAAAAGUUGAAAACUGGUACAAGCUACCUAAUAAAAAAUGUUAUUUCAUUUUCCACUAAACAAACAUUACUUUAGAGACAUG